AUGUCCAUGAAGUACCUUGCUGCUUACGCUCUGGCGUCACUGAACAACCCCACGCCAAGCGCCGCUGAUGUGGAGGCCAUCUGCAAGGCCUGCGGUGUUGCCGUUGAGGCGGAGGCCCUCGCAUUCGUGAUGGAGUCCGUGGCCGGCCGCAGCGUGCAGGAACUCGUGGCGGAGGGCGCAGCGAAGAUGACGGCGGUCGCGGCCGCGUCUGCUCCCGCUGCUGGCGGUGCGGCGGCCCCUGCGGCUGCCGGUGGUGCGGCGGCCCCCGCUGCCAAGAAGGAGGAGAAGGUGGAGGAAGAGGAAGAUGACGAUAUGGGCUUCGGUCUCUUUGACUAA